CGACAACGCUAGCAAUAUGAAGCUGAGCACGGAAACUCUGAAGAAGGAACCAGAAAAAUGGGGCAACGUUCAAGGAGUUUUCUGCUCAGGACACACACUACAGCUAUGCAUAAACAGUGCUCUAAAACAGGACAGAAUACGACGCACAAUUUCGGCUGCUAGGAAUCUAGUGGGACACUUCAAAAAAAGUGCGAAAGCUACAAUUGCCCUAAAAGAUAAACAAAAGCAGCAAAAUGUUGUUGAGCACAGUCUUACACAAGACAUCGCUACUCGUUGGAACUCCACAUGUGAAAUGCUUGACCGGCUGUUGGAGCAACGAUGGCCGGUGACGGCUGUUUUGUCAGAUCCCAGCAUUACGAAGAAAGGUGAUCGCACCCUGGAUCUGUCAACCGAGCAGUGGAAACUGGCACAAGAUUUAGUAGAAGUACUUAGGCCCCUAAUCACGCUCACGGAGGUGCUCUCACAGGAGGAGAACGUGUCAUUGUCCUCAGCUGUGCCAAUGCUCUUUAACCUGAAGAAACGCCACCUGUCACUCGAGGAGGAGGACGAAACCCCAGCCAUCAGAGAAAUGAAAAAGACCCUCAUCACGGAGAUCGACAACCGAUGGCAGCUUUUGACUAUGGAGCCCAAGAGCAUCUACCUCCUUUCUUCAGCACUGGACCAACGAUUCAAACAUUUAAAAUUCCUUCAAAAUGACAUGAGGAACCUCGUCUACACGGAGGUUGUCCAUCUGGCUGAACAUCUGCACCAGCAACAGGCUGUUCCAGGGGAGGAAAAAGAGCAGGCAGCAGGAGGAGAAGAGGAGCCCGAAGCACCACCACACAAGAAACGGAGACAGCAGGAGAUUUCAAUGCUGAUGCAGUCUGAUGAAGAAGAGGAAGAGCACAAUGAAUCCAGUGCAGCGAAAGAGAUGGAGCAGUAUUUAAAGGACACAACAAAAGUCCAGUCUGGUCCACUCACAUGGUGGAAACAAAACAGCAACCGCUACCCCAAACUAGCUUUCGCAGCUAAAUACUGCCUUUGCGUACCGGCCACAUCGACCCCGUCGGAGCGUAUUUUUUCCAAGGCCGGCUACAUAGUUAACAAGACACGAAGCUCACUUUUACCAGAAAAUGUGAACAAACUUGUGUUUCUUGCACACAACAUGAAGAAGGUGUAGUUAUACGUAUACGUACUUAC